GAUCAAUGGAAAGAGCCGAAGAUCUCGGCUCGGUCAUGUGAUCAGCUGUGUCCAAUCACAGCUGACCACAUGGGACAUGUACACAGAUCAUCAGAGCACUGAUGAUCAGUGUGCCCUGAUGAUCUGUGCAGCCCCAGCAGUGCCACCUGUCAGUGUCCAUCAGUGCCAAUGCCAGCUGUCAGUGCUCAUCCAUGCCACCUGCCAGUGCCCAUCAGUGCCACAUCAGUGCCACAUUUCAGUGCCUACCAGUGCACAUCAAUACCACAUAUCAGUGCCCAUCUGAGCUGACUUUCAGUGUCACCCAUCAGUGCAAGUCAGUGCCACCUAUCAAUG